UUAGAAAUUGCGAUUAACAUGAAUUAUUUUAUAAUAUGCGUGCUCAACUUUUCAUUAUUAUUGAAUACAAAGAUGACGAAUCAACUUACUUUGGGCCAUUUUGACAGAACUCGUUUGGAAACUUACGAGGAGAUAUCGAGUGAACAAAACGACAUCGACGUAUUCGCUAAUCUAACGUUCCGUUUUACGUGCAAGGAUAUGCCGUCCGGCUUCUACGCCGAUGUGGAUUACAAUUGCAGGAUAUUUCAUGUUUGCGAAAAUUCAGGCGAUGGAUUCCCAGUGAUCUGCGCUAAUGAUACAGUGUUCGAUCAGAAACAGCGGAUAUGCACGAACGAUGAAAAUAUCGAUUGUCAGCACGCUCAUGAAUGGUACUACUUAAAUGAACUAUCUUAUUCCGCGGACAUUGAAUCGAGAACGAUCACAGAAGAAAUUAUAGAGGAAGACGAAUCGAAAGUAGAUCAAGAAGAUAUAGUGCCUUCUGUUUUGCCACUCAUGAUUGACUAAAAAUAAUCUUAUCUUACAUCACAUUAUGUAUUCAUUUAUGCAUUUUACGUUUAUACCGUUAUAGUUCUACAUACAAAUCAAAUUAUUAUACGCGUCAAACGGCUUUGAUUGGAAUUAAUUUAUUUUAUUUUUCUUUCUCUGCUUGACGUGAAGUUAUGCGUACGGACAAUUAAUUGCGUUUCAAUGCAACAUUUGUUGAAGGAAUUGCUUUAUUUUUUUCUCUUUAACGUAAUAUUU